GGCGUCCUCGCGUGACGUCGGGCCGAGCGAAGUGAUGGCGCCGAGGUGAAGGUAGGGCGCUGUACAACAGCAGCAACUGUUCAACAGUGAAUCGUUCUAUCGCCUCCAUGGACAAUACGGCAGAGAGCGCGAAGGGCGUCGCUGAGAAGUCUACGAUAGCUGUCAAAGGCUCUGAAUUAAAAGAUGGACAGAAAGUGCCAAUAGUUUUGUACCUGAAUGAAAACAACGGUGACUAUAAUGGUGAAUGUUGUUAUUACAGUUUAUCCAUCUCUACAAUUCCGGAAGGAAAUGCUGGGACAAUCAGUUGCCAUACUGUGAUCCCCAUUAAUAACCAGUUCCGCAUUAUUCAAGAGGCUGAAGAGGCUCUUUUGAUUGAUGAUCCUUUUACACGCUUAUGUAGGAUCCGUGUACAAGGUGAUCAGGCUAAUUGCAACUUUGAACUACCAGAUGACGAGUUCUGCCUCAACUUUCUCACUGAAGUAAAAAGGAUUCAGCAAGCUACAUUUAAAAACACUGGUGUGGAUAAAGUAAUGAUGGAUCCAUUUGGGAUGGAAUCAACUAAUUGGCCCCAGAUUGGCAUGCUAAAUAGCAAAGGAAGCGGAGCAGGUAAAUCAGAGUUUGGGUUUGAUGAUGAUUUCAGUGAUGUUUUAAAUCUGGAAAAGAAGAAUCAACAGAAUCAAGCUGGAAACAAAGUUGCACCUGUGGCAGUCUCAGCUCGUACCAACAAACCAUUAUCUGAAAAAGAUGGGUCACGGAAUGGACAACCAAGAGUAUCCAACACAAUACGGAAGCUAUUUGAACCAAGUAAUCAGUCGUUAGCCAGAGAAGGUCUGAUUAAACAUUGUCUAGCAAAACGUGAAAAAGACUUUGUCGACUUUCAGGAUUUUAGGUUUUUUGUUGGUACCUGGAAUGUAAAUGGACAGUCUCCAGAUUGUAGUCUGGAUCCCUGGUUAUCUGCUGAUGCACAUCCACCUGAUGUGUACUGCCUGGGCUUUCAGGAGUUGGAUCUCAGUACUGAAGCCUUCUUUUACAUGGAUUCUGGGAAGGAGAAUGAAUGGUUGAGUGCAGCAGAAAAAAGUUUGCAUCAUAAAUCUAAAUAUUGCAAAGUAAAACUGAUUCGAUUAGUUGGAAUGAUGAUGAUUGUGUUUGUGAAAAAGGAACACGAAAAGCACAUAAAAGAUGUGGCAGCAGAGUCUGUAGGAACGGGAAUUAUGGGAAAGAUGGGUAAUAAAGGCGGAGUAGCAGUCCGGUUUGUCUUUCACCACACAAGUUUCUGCAUUGUGAACUCUCACCUUGCUGCUCACGUGGAGGACUUUGAGAGAAGGAAUCAGGAUUAUAAAGAUAUAUGUGCUCGCAUGAGUUUCCAAGGAUCUGAACAUAAUCAGCCUUCAAUAAACAUUAGUAAACAUGAUGUUGUUCUUUGGCUUGGUGACCUGAAUUACAGACUCUGCCUCCCAGAUGCCAGUGAAGUGAAGGCAUUGAUAGACAGGCAAGAUUUAAGGAAACUAUUGGAAUUUGACCAGCUGAAUAUUCAACGCGUUACUAAAAAAGCCUUUGCAGACUUUAAUGAGGGGGAAAUUCAUUUCAGACCCACUUACAAAUAUGAUACUAAAUCAGACCGAUGGGACUCGAGUGGCAAAUGCCGUGUCCCAGCAUGGUGUGAUCGAGUUCUCUGGAGAGGUGAAAGUGUUCAGCAAAAAUGUUAUCGAAGUCAUAUGGAGCUUCGAACCAGUGAUCACAAACCUGUCAGCUCGCUCUUGGAUAUUGGGGUGAAAAUUGUAGAUGAGCGUCGGUACAAGAAAGUAUUCGAAGAUAUCGUUCGGGUGAUGGAUCGAAUGGAAAAUGAGUUCUUGCCUUCUUUAUCUCUUAGUGGGAGAGAUUUCACUUUUGAGGAUGUUAAGUUCCGACAGCUACAAAAGAAAUUGUUUCAGAUUACUAAUGAUGGACAGGUUCCAUGUCAUUUCUCCUUUAUUCCUAAAUUGAAUGAUAGCCAUUACAGCAAGCAGUGGCUACGGGCAGAACCUUGUGAAGGAUAUCUCGAACCCGAUGAAUCUGUGGAUAUUGCACUGGAAGUUUAUGUUAGCAAGGGCAGUGUGACAUUAUUAAACUCUGCCGAAGACAAGAUUGAAGAUAUCUUGGUCUUGCAUCUGGAUCGAGGAAAGGACUAUUUUCUUACAAUCGGGGGGAAUUACCUGCCAAGCUGCUUUGGGACAUCACUUGACACACUCUGUCGAAUGAAAAAGCCAAUCAGGGAUGUGCCUAUCACUAAACUUAUUGACCUGGAGAAAUCACGAUUAGAUCUUGUCGUGGAUAAUAUAGGAACUGACAAACAACCUCUGCAAAUUCCAAAGGAAAUUUGGUUGUUAGUUGAUCAUCUCUUUAAAAAUGCAAGCCAUCAGGAGGACCUAUUUCAGACUCCUGGAAUGCAGGAAGAACUUCAACAGAUUUUUGACAGCUUGGACACAAGUAUACCACAAACUAUUCCUGGCAGCAAUCAUUCAGUGGCUGAAGCUCUACUCAUCUUCCUUGAAGCCCUCCCAGAGCCUGUGAUAUGUUAUGAGCUUCAUCAACGUUGUUUAGAAACUUCAUAUGAUCACCGCAACUGUCAACAUUUGAUAUCCCAACUGCCUCGGAGUCACAGAAAUGUGUUUCGGUACUUGAUGUCAUUUUUGCGGGAAUUGCUGAAAUAUUCGGAAGACAACAAGCUUGAUGCCAAGAUGUUAGCUACUCUCUUUGCAAGUCUGCUUUUGAGACCACCACCAAACCUAGUUGGGCGGCAAACCCAGAACGAUAGACAACGUGCUGUGACCUUUAUCUAUGGCUUCCUAUUAGAAGACAACUAAUUUUUGGACAUACUUCUGAUAAUUUCUUCACUGCACUGUGACUGUAUUGCAAAUGUUGCAUCGAAAUGGUGAUCGAUAGGUACAGAUACUUGAGCCUAUUUCCAGUAUUUGUUAGUAUCCACUUGAAUAAUAGUAGGUCCCAAAGUCUUUCUUGCCAAAUAGCUAAGAAUGCUUGUCACAGACUGGCUCCAUGUGACCAUAUACACUUCCAUCCGUUGUACGUGUUUUUGAUCCAAAUUUGUAUUUACCAAUUAUUGCAUGAAAUUUUUCUGCAAUGUACGCAAAGUCUGUUUUCAUUACCAGAUUGAUGUAGGUUGGACUCGUUUUAUACGUAUAUUAACGCAUGACAAGUUGAUACUGAGAAGGCACUUUCAUCAAAUUGACUAGAAAAUCCAAUGAUGUAUCACAGUAUGGAAUAUCCACUAAUCUCUCUCAAAUACCUACCAUUUAAGCAAAUUGUAAAAUUAUAAUUGAAAUAACUGAACCGUAGUGGAGUAAAUGAGCAGUGACUUGUUUUCUAUUCAGUAGAUGUAUUUUCAGGUCCUACAAUUGUGAUGGAACGUGUUUACUCAAGCCAGUUGAGUUUCCUGGCUAGUUUCAGAAAAGGGUAUCACUUAUAAGUGUUCUACUUCUGAAAUUUGUUUGCCCAGAUUACCAAUGAAAAUAGGAGAGACAGUGGAUUUGACUAGCGUCGCACAGUGCAAUGGGCAGAUUCAUGGAUGCGGCAAAACAAAAUUACUAGUUAUCUGAAAUAUUAUGACUAAACUUCAAAAUUGCUAUAGUUCUAGAUGAUCCAAACAUAAUUAGAUCACCAAUACAGUUUGUGUACUGAAUUAAUUCAAAUUAUAUUGUACAUGUUGCAAAAUUUUAUUCACGUGAUGCUACAAAGUUUUCAAUUUUCUUGUAUUUAUUAAAGAUUAGAUUUGUUCUACAAACCAUUUUAUUAUACAUGUAUGCUAUUGCUGUACAUUCUAGUUUAUGUGAUAACGUACAAGUUAAUGUUAUGUAAAGGAGAAGCACCAGUGCUCAUGCAAUAAUACGCUCCAGUUGUGGAGCCACUACGUUCUCUCCAGUGCAUUGGGAUUCAAUUCAGUUUUGUCUUGCUUUGAUGUGGGGCUGCAGCUAGCUGACUUUCCAGAAUUGCUACCCAUCAGCCAGUUAUGCUGCAAUAUGCGGGGUGAAUCGUGUCCGUUCUUGACUAUUGUUAAAACAGACCAAGGUAUUAUCAUUGUAUGUAGUUGAGACAAAGAAUACACAAGUGCUGGAGUAACUCAGCGGGUCAUGCAAUAUCGCUGGAGAACACGGGUAAAUGAUGUUGGGACCCUCUUUCAGACUCGGUCCUUAUUCACCUGCCGCUGCGGCUAUUGUUGCGGCUCAUGUUCUAGCCCCCGAAAGGACUCUUUCCUCAGGCUGCUGCCAACGACAGUGCGAGCUCGGUCACUGUGAGGCUCUCUCCCCUCGCCUGCUACAGCUUCCAUGGUGGAGGAUGUCGCCGACUCUGGGAAAGGUAGCGGUGGGGGGGGAAGAGGGAAAGAGGCCGAGUGGACAGCGCGACGGGAAGAGGUGGCAGUCGAAUAGGGAGGUGACAAAGCAGCCACCGACAGCAAGAAGCAGCAACUAGUGAGAAGGGAGGGAGCCCCACGAUGACUGAGUGGCAACUGCCCAAAGAAAGCGCUGUCGCUAGGGGCUAUAUCGUGAGCCACAACAACAACCAUUGCAUCAGACUGCAAUGGGUGAAGAAGAACUGGCUGGUGUACCUUAUGUCGGGAGUGGGGUUGGAAGCCGAGGCUCUAAAUGGUUAGGGAGACAGUGUGAUCUGUUUGUCUGUUCUAUCUGAAAUCCAUUAUAAAAGGUUCCGUUAAACAAGAGUUUCCUGUAUUGCAGCACUGCAGAACCAGCAUGUAGUUCAAUCAGUAUUGUACAAAUUACAAGAUGAGAGACAUGGCAGUGAAAUGUCAGUUUAAUGUUUUUAUUCUUCUGGAAUUGUUGGGUUGAAUUCUUGUAUUAUUCGAUCACUACUAAAAGCCAUGUGACCCGUUCUGAAUGAUUUAUUCUUGCCACAUCCCAGCCCAUGGGGAGACGUAUGUGUAUGUAAAUAUAUUUAAAAGAAAACUAUGGCAUUCAAUUUGUGUAGAACAGAGUAUUUUCAAUAUAAUGUAUGCUCCUAGGUAGGGUACAGAAAUCAUUUUUACAUAAACCACAACCUCUCCUGAUAAGACGUGCUUCAAAAUAUCUGUAAAAGCAUCUUGUAUUGAACCUCCUCACUCAGUUAACAAUGCCAACACUAAAGAUCUUUUUGCAAUUUUAAAUGAUGUGUUCCCUUCAGGUCAGACUGCCUAAAUGAACAAAAUAAUGUACUUUUACACAAUUUUUAAUACAAUUUAGCAUGAAUUGAACAUUUUAAAAAAAGUUAAAUAAUCCAGAUUAUACACAAUUUAAAGAUAAAUAUAUAAUCAAGCAGUUUGAUUUAGAAGUUUACUGGUACCAAGAAAAGCAGAAGCAGCAGUUGGGUGAAUAUUUGACCUUUUUUUUAGUCGGCCUGUGCUGAACAAUGAAUAUACAUUGAAACCAGGAAGAAAUGAAAAUACUAAGUUCCAGUCCAAGAAUGUGUUGAUUGAUUGAAAAGCCUUCUGUUAUUUAAAGUUUUUAUCUUCAUUGUUUUAUCAGUUAUGCCAGUUGUAACUCAAAUAACAUGAUACAUUUCUUAAAGAUAUAAUUUAAAGGACCUGACACAAUUAUUCAAUGUCAUUGAUGUGGUAAGAAAUUAAAAUGAUUAGAUAUCAGACUAUGGUUCAUAAUUGCUGUCUAAUAGACUACAAUGUAUAUUUUGGUCUCUGGUUUAUUUCAUUAUCUUAAUAGUUACAUUUUUUCAAUUAAAUCCAUUUAAUUC